CACAUGCAAAGAUACUCUUCUAUCAGCUGAAUUCUUGACCAAUGUUUUCGGACUAAGCAAUAAAAGCAAUCAUGUUCGCAGCAACGGUUAGAAAAAACAUGAAUUAUGACAGCUGAAGUUUCUUCGAUUUUAGGUUAUUCUCCAUGAUUUUCAUUUUUGUUUUCGUGAAUGUCAUCCGGUAUCAUAAACGUGGGUUUGUUACGAGUCAACAAACUUCAUCGACACCAAUGACUUUCACUGGAAAACAUGAAAUAGGGUCAGGUUGAUCCCCGCGAAGUGGAAUUUGGACUUUGUGAGAUGGACGAAGGGACGUCAGAAUUGCGCUUGAAAGAUGAAACGUUUUCAGAACAUCUCGAUCAAGUUGAUUCCAACGUAGUAACAGAUGUUUCGCUUACGGAAGUUAACGAUUCCCUGAUCCAACGUGGCACGAAAAUUAGCAACGAUGUGACGUUCAUUCAGGAGAAACAGAAACCAGUCGCUCAAACUGAAACGGAUUCAGUAUUAUUGAACAACGAUGAGAAAAACGAAUCUCAUUCUUCGAUAGAAAGAAACAGUAUUAUUUUGCCUAUUAAAAGUUCUACUUCUUUAAACGAUUUGUCGGAUGGGUUUUUAAAUUAUCAAGUAUCGUCCAACGACGCAGACAUUCCGCAAGGGAAGUCUCUUUGCAAAUCAUCUUCCUACGAUGAUGUCAGAUUACACUUGUCUGUGUCAUCCGAUUCAUUCUUAUGCGCGCAGUUAGAUAACGUUUCUAACAGUAUUAGACAAUCUUUGGCAUCGGACGGGCAGAAGGAAUUAAAAACAGUAUGUAACGACGACGAAGAAACGCUUUUCAGUACUAAAUUAUAUAUGGACGCUUGUCGAGAAGAAUCUUCGGAGGAAAAUGUUAUCGAGGAGCAGCGUAAAAAUUGCGAAGUUCAAAAUGUUAUCGGAACGGUAGAAAAUGUCGUAGAGAGUUCUAACGUGAAUGAAAAAUUGAUGGAAACUGACGACCCGGCAAAUGCCUCGAAAAAUGUAACAAAGCACGAAAGAGUUUGUAACAAUGAAGAACGAAAAUUUCAAUCCGUUGGAAAUACCAGGUCACAGGGCAAUGCGACAGCUCGACCGACUUUGGCCGACGACAGCAAACUGGUUAAAAUUCCACUGCCAACAAAUCCAAUUAAUAUAAUGCAGUCCAAUGCUCAGUUUUUGAACAAGAGUCGAAACUUCUUAAAUUUCAUUACGGAAAAGUCGACAAAUAUAAUGGAGAAGGCAUUGUUGCCGCAACACUUGACUGUAAAAUAUAAUUCAAUGAUGAAAUCUAUAGAUAAUUAUAACGACAGAAGAUACGCGGAAGAGUCUUGUAGCGCGAAAGCUUCUUCGACAGAAUCAGACUUAAUGGAGAAAAGAAAUGAAUGUACGAGAGAGUGUGAAAAUAGAACUACUUUCGCGGCAAAUACAAACGGAGAAAUGUGCGUCGAUGCUGCGAGAAACGAUCAGAACAAUGAUUAUGUACAAAAUAACACGACGCAGGUUGAAACUCGCUCGAUUAUUGAUCAAAGUAAUCAAGGAAACGAUACUGAACUCUGCACGGAAGCAAACGGGAACUGUACUGAUAUCGAUUCCGUGAUAUUACAUUUGGAGGGUAACAAUAACUCUUCCGAAAAUUUUAAACAGAGUUUGCUAGAACACCCGGCGUAUCUCACUUUGUUAAAAGACUACGCGGAUUUGAAAGCAAAGUAUUUGAAAUUUCAAGAGAAAGUUGAGUACGUGGAAGAAAGAAAUCGAGCGUUAGAAGCAGAAAAUAAGGGGGAGAUCUAUUCCUUGCAAAUUGAAACAUUGGAGAAAACAAUAAACAGGCUUACGUUUGAAUUGCACACGUCGUUAGGGACGCAGGAAACGCUUAAAAGGGAAUAUAAUGCCGCUAACAAAGAAAGAGAAAGCAUGGUAAUGAAAUAUGCAGUUAGCGAAAAGCAAUUGAUAGAUACUCAAAGGGCAAGAGAGUAUGCGGAGCGCAAAGCAAAAGAAAGUGGAAAACAACAGGAAUUGCUUCAGAACAAACUACGAGAAAUGCAAACAGAACGAACAAGGAUAUGUCAUAUUUUGGACGGGAAAUGUCGCGAGGUGACUGAACUCCAGAAAGAGGUUGAAAGAUUGAAAGAAGAUGUAAAUAUGAGGGACAUCAAGUUGAAAUGGACUCAGAACAAACUUAAAACAGAAAUGGACUUGCAGAAGGAUACUCAGCAAAAAUUGGACAAGGCCACAACCAGAAUCAGCGAGAUGAAGGAGGAGUGCGAUCAGAUACGCAAAGAGACGCAGGAAUCGAUGCGUCAGUUCCAACAAUCGGAGGAGAACAAAGCUUUCACUUUGGACAAACAAUUAAAAGAGCAACAGGCACGCCUGAUAUUAGAAAAACACGUUACAGAAGAUAAAGAAAUGUUGAGGCUACGAUUACAAAAGGAAGUAGAGACGUUGAAGAACAGGCAGCAAGUGUUGAUCGAGGAAAACAAUACACUUACUCUAAAGAUACAGGAUGCUGAGAAAAGUCGUUUGAGUCACGAGAGCAAUUUGAACAAUUUGAAAAUGAUGGCAGACCAAUAUCAGAAAGAAACGAAAGAAUUGCUCGGUAAAGUGUCCGAGUUGGAAACGUUAAAAGUACAGUUACGACAUAAGGACCAAUGCUUGGAGUCGACGGAAGCGGAAAUGAGCCAGUUGCGCGCGGCCAACGAGGAACUACAAAGCGAUAUGUCCGCGUGUCGCGAGAAGGAAGCUGAUAUGUUAGAUUUCACGCAGAAGUUGACGGACAAAAAUGUACGACUCCAAUCGGAAUUCACAGCCAUCGAAGCGAAAGUGAAACGUUUGGAAGAAGAGCACGGACCGCUGCACGAACGCAUAAGUUAUCUGAUUAACAAAGUUAAGAAGCUGGAGGAGAGUCUUGCAAAGGAACAGAAAAUAAGAAGCGAAGAAUGCGAGAUCCUCGCCAAACAUCUCGCUGAACAGACGCAAGUGGCGCAAAAUCUUUCUCAGAAAUUGGAGGAUAGUCAAGGCGAGAAUGCUGUGCUGAAAAGGAAGCAGCAAAUAAGUAUGAAGGAGAUGACGCGAGAACUGCAACAGUGCCGAAAGAAACUAGAAGUUUUCGAAACAUCCUCGCCUUACAAUUCGCUUGGCGUCGCGUCCAGAACUGGAUCAAGUAUAUCACUUAAUACAGGAGAUACUUUAAAUGGUGCCUUAUCCGAUAAUAGUAUCAACGGUGACCAAAGCGUCCAAUCUAUGGAACCUAGUAAACAAACUCUAAUAGACCGUAUCAUAAAGCUGCAAGAGGAUAAUGCUAAGAAAGCUGAGAAACUAGAUUUUUUCGAAGAACAUUCCCGAUCUCUGGUCGAAGAGUUGCAGAAAAAAACGAAGAUUAUACAAACGUACAUUUUACACGAGAAUUCCGGUGCCAUGGGUAGCAACGAACGGGACAGAUACAAGCAUAUCAAAAGCAGAAGAAAUGCAGCUGAAUUAGCAAGACACGGAGGAAUAAUGGCCUCGGUUUACAACCAACGAGUUUCAGACGAUAAUAUGACGUUGGAAUUAUCAUUAGAAAUAAAUCAAAAGCUGCAAGCAGUACUCGAAGACGCGCUAUUCAAGAAUAUCACUUUGAAGGAUAACAUCGAUACUUUGGGCGAUGAAAUAGCAAGGUUAACAAUGCAAACUCAGCAAAGGAAAAUUGCAAAUUAAAAAGUAUGUCGGAACGAUAUACUUGUACUUGCCCUGUAAAAAUAACGGGAUAACACGCGUAUGUAUUAAAAAUGCGAAUAUAGACAUAUUAUUUAAGAGAUUUGUGGUACACAAGAUACUAAUAUCAGUUUUAAACUCGUAUAUUGAAUACACGAAAGAAAGUACAUUUUCGUUCGGAUGAACGUACUAAAUCGUCGCCUCAAGAAUGCUAUAUUUUAUUUUAAUGUCAAUAAAACUAUGUAUAUUUUUCAUUCAAUAAUAUUUAGGUAUAAUUUUAUGCCUAUCUCUAUAUAGUUUAUUGCUGUAAGCAAAUAGUGUUGGUCACUGUAUAACCUUGUGCCGAGAGCUUACGUUUAAUUUGUUACACUUUUCAAGUGAUUUAAGUACGAACACUAUGUUUUCUUUUUAUACAUUCUUUUACGUUGUUUAUUUACAUUUACGAAUUAUACUUUUUAUCAAAACUGUAAAAUAAUAUACAGAUUAUAUUUCAGUACCGAAAGAACAGGUCUAUGGUGUCUAGUCAAAAAUUAUGCUACUUAAACGGAAUAAUUUGUUGAAUUUGUUGUUUUAUCAAAGAGUUAAAUGUAACUACAAAAUAUAUUUGCUACGCAUCCAAAGUUUACAAUAAACAUACUUAUUUUUUUAUAUUUAAUUACCACCGAUUAUUUGUUGUUUUAAUUAGCAAGUUUGCAGUUUAAUUUUAAAGGAACAUUC